GUCUUAAUUUAAGGUUAGGCUUAGCAGUGUGGUUAAGGUGAGGGUUCAAAUCAAACGUUACAAAGAUAAAUAGUAGAAAUAGGCGGGGUUUAUGACUUUGUGGCUGUUAUAACUAUACGACCAAAAUAGAAGCCACUUUCUUGUUCGUCUUUUCACUGACAGACCCAGGCUACCGAUUUGUUUCAAUUCACGCGUUGGGGCUUGAAUAAUUUCAUACUGAGAUACGCGCUAACACUGCAGCAUCAAGAUGUCGUACAUGCUACCUCAUCUCCACAACGGCUGGCAGGUCGACCAAGCCAUUCUAUCCGAGGAGGACAGAGCCCUGGUUAUUAGGUUUGGACACGAUUGGGACCCAACAUGUAUGAAAAUGGACGAGGUGUUGUACAGCAUAGCUGAAAAGGUGAAAAAUUUUGCAGUCAUCUAUUUGGUGGACAUCACAGAGGUUCCGGACUUCAACAAGAUGUACGAGCUGUAUGACCCUUGCACUGUCAUGUUCUUCUUCAGGAACAAGCACAUCAUGAUAGAUCUGGGGACCGGUAACAACAACAAGAUCAACUGGACCAUGGAGGACAAGCAGGAGAUGAUUGACAUUGUUGAGACCGUUUACCGAGGGGCGAGAAAGGGACGAGGUCUGGUCGUAUCUCCGAAGGACUACUCCACAAAAUACAGAUACUGAUUGGUUCUUCCCAUUGCUUUGUGUGAUGCCCAAUGGGAGCGAAUCUGUCUUUUCAAUAUUAGACUUUAUGAACAGCUGGACUACAGACAGGCUCUCUUUUUAUGUUACUGACAAGUCACCUUUUUUCCAUCGCAGUUAUUAAAACCAGUUAACCAGUUAUCACAGCCUGUAUUCUCAGACCCAGAAUAAGGUUAGUCCUCGAUUUUAAAAAUAAAUAAAAAAUCAUUCACAAUUAA